AUGAAGGAUCAGUUAAAAAAGUAUGAUUCCUUGAAGGUUACACCACUGGAAAGUAAAGAAAUUGAGGAAGGAACACGUCUUCAGUCAAAUGAUCCUAAAUGGCACAAAAUAAGACGUGACCGUAUCACAGCAUCACAUGCAGGAGAAAUAGCCAAGCGAAGAGCUGAUUGGGCUAAACUUGCUGAACGCUUGCAAUCAACCAGACAUGUUCAGACAGCAGCUAUGAAACGUGGAAUAGAAUGUGAGGUUACUGCAACACAAGCCUAUAGCAAGGUGAUGAAUGACAAUGUCAACUUAUAUCCAUGUGGUGUGAUUUUUGUUGGGGUUUGUGUUACUUUAUCGUUAGUUUUUGUUGAGGUUUGUGUUACUUUAUCGUUAGUUUUUGUUGGGGUUUGUGUUUCUUUAUCGUUAGUUUUUGUUGGGGUUUGUGUUUCUUUAUCGUUAGUUUUUGUUGGGGUUUGUGUUACUUUAUCUUUAGUUUUUGUUGGGGUUUGUGUUACUUUAUCGUUAGUUUUUGUUGGGGUUUGUGUUACUUUGUCUUUAGUUUUUGUUGGGGUUUGUGUUACUUUGUCUUUAGUUUUUGUUGGGGUUUGUUUUACUUUAUCUUUAGUUUUUGUUGGGGUUUGUGUUACUUUAUCGUUAGUUUUUGUUGGGGUUUGUGUUACUCUAUCGUUAGUUUUUGUUGGGGUUUGUGUUACUCUAUCGUUAGUUUUUGUUGGGGUUUGUGUUACUCUAUCGUUAGUUUUUGUUGGGGUUUGUGUUACUCUAUCGUUAGUUUUUGUUGGGGUUUGUGUUACUUUAUCGUUAGUUUUUGUUGGGGUUUGGGUUACUUUAUCGUUAGUUUUUAUUGGGGUUUGUGUUUCUUUAUCGUUAGUUUUUGUUGGGGUUUGUGUUCAUUUAUCUUUAGUUUAUGUUGGGGUUUGUGUUACUUUAUGUUACUUUAUCGUUAGUUUUUGUUGGAGUUUGUGUUACUUUAUCGUUAGUUUUUGUUGGGGUUUGAGUUACUUUAUCGUUAGUUUUUGUUGGGGUUUGUGUUACUUUAUCGUUAGUUUUUGUUGGGGUUUGUGUUACUUAAUCGUUAGUUUUUGUUGGGGUUUGUGUUACUUUAUCUUUAGUUUUUGUUGGGGUUUGUGUUACUUUAUCGUUAGUUUUUGUUGGGGUUUGUGUUACUUUAUCUUUAGUUUUUGUGUCGUUAGCUUUUGUUGGGGUUUGUGUUACUUUAUCGUUAGUUUUUGUUAGGGUUUGUGUUACUUUAUCGUUAGUUUUUGUUGGGGUUUGUGUUACUUUAUCGUUAGUUUUUGUUGGGGUUUGUGUUACUUUAUCGUUAGUUUUUGUUGGGGUUUGUGUUACUUUAUCGUUAGUUUUUGUUGGGGUUUGUGUUACUUUAUCGUUAGUUUUUGUUGGGGCUUUAUCGUUAGUUUUUGUUGGGGUUUGUGUUACUUUAUCGUUAGUUUUUGUUGGGGUUUGUGUUACUUUAUCGUUAGUUUUUGUUGGGGUUUGUGUUACUUUAUCGUUAGUUUUUGUUGGGUUUGUGUCACUUUAUCGUUAGUUUUUGUUGGGGUUUGUGUUACUUUAUCGUUAGUUUUUGUUGGGGUUUGUGUUACUCUAUCGUUAGUUUUUGUUGGGGUUUGUGUUACUCUAUCGUUAGUUUUUGUUGGGGUUUGUGUUACUUUAUCGUUAGUUUUUGUGUUACUUUAUCGUUAGUUUUUCUGUGUAGCAUUGUGUUAUUACUGUUUGUCUUUUCUUUGUUUUUAUUUGACUUGUUUUUUUCCUUUGGUAUCUUUUCUCUUUUUGUAGAAUAGUGUAGCUGUUUUUCCGUUUAUUGACGUACAAUGUACUUUUGCGUACAUUUUUGUUAUCAUAUUGAAAUUGAUUGAAGGAUGGUUGAAAUUUUAAAAUAGUUAGCUUAACCACAUGUGCUUGUCCGCAGUCAUUAUGUUUUCUGUUUUAUAACAUCUCAAUGUGCAUAUAAAUUGCAGAAUUUAGUGUUGAUGAUAGAGCUUUUAUUUUCCCUAUAUCUUCUAAAUCUAUCACAAUUGUUGAUUCAGAGAUUGAUAUAUUAUAUAGACACUCGUAUGUUGACAUUUAGAUGUUUUGUUAAUUUGUUUGUCGCUCAUCUCAUUGACAUUUACCGUCUCUUUUCAUCCAUUGUUUUUCAAUAUGGUUGAUAAAUUUCGUCUGAAAAUGUAAAAAAAAGUUUCACAAUACCAACUACAUUCAUUCUGAUAUAAAGCUUGCAUCUGAUAUUUCCAAAUACCUGCAUGGCCAUCUUCACUUCAAAUAUAAUUGUUUGAAAACGUUUUAAUUGAUGUAUACAUAAAACCCAUGUAAGGUUAAACAAAUUGAAAAAAAAAUUAAAUAAAAUAAUGCUUAUAAUUUAUAUCGCAAUCGAACAUUAACAUUAGUGCUAGAUAGAAGAUGAUAAGUUAAACACACGGUGAAAGCUUAGAAGAUGUAAAGGGUAACGAUCGAAGCGUGGCUACGUUAAUGGCUUUCGACCAUUCUAUUCAAAAACACAAAUAUAGUAGUUUCACAGUUUCCUGAUUUUGCUAAACAUUGGCAAAACUCUUAACUUUUAUUAAUUAUAGCCUUCAAAUUAAUCCACGAUUAGCAAAGGCAUUUUAUUUUAGAAGCAACAAUAAGUAUUUCAUCUAUAAAAGUAAAAAAAUCAAACGUUUUAGAUUAAUCAAUUUCAAAUUGGUCAUUUGUAAAAAAAAAAAGAUUGAUUAAGAAACUGAAUAUUUUCUUUGUCUUCAGGUGGAAAGGUGCGAAUCAAAUUUUAACAAAUUUCGUUUUUCUUUUUUUUUCUUUUUAUUAAAUUGAAAAGGUCAACAGUGAAAAAUAACAAAAUCUUCGUAUUCACUGAAUUACAUGCUUAUGAAUGCAGAAAUAUUGUGUCAAAAUUUUGACUCAUUUCAGUCAAUUUCCAAAUGGUAUAUGUUAUAGAAUGUUUUACUCAAAAUAAAUUAAUGUAGGUAGUGCGCUCUUUUCAUAUUCAGUAAUAAUUGUUCUUACCUUCAAAAGAGAAGUGAAAGAUACCAAAGGGAUGUCCAAACUCAUAAGUCGAAAACAAACUGACGAUGCCAUGGCAAAAACGAAAAACGAUAAAAGACAAAUAACAGUAUACAAAACACAACAUAGAACACUAAAGACAUCAAAACCGGGGGUGAUCUCAGAUGCUCUGGAAGGGUAUGCAGAUCCUUCUCCACAAUUAAGUGCAUUAUAUGUUUCUAAAAAAUCUCUAACUUCCCCUUAAGACGACUGAUUUACCCUUAUUAUUAAAACAAAAAAAGACAAAUUUACGAAAAAAAUAUAUAAAACAUGUCUCUCUGAAUCUCUCUUUAUCUCUUUCACUCUCUCCUUUUUCACAGUCUCGUUAUAGCGAAAGAUCUAUAUAGAUAGUUCAGUAAAAAAAAAUA